CACUCCGACCUGCUCCACUCCAGCAACGCGGCCAAGGAGAGCGAGGAGCGCCCAGCAAGUGCGCACCUGCGGAGCAUCCCGCAGCCUGACGGCAAAAUCCAACAUGAAAAUCCUCGUGGCAGUGGCGGUCUUUUUUCUCGUUUCCACUCAACUGUUUGCAGAGGAAAUCGGUGCCAACGAUGAUCUAAAUUAUUGGUCCGACUGGUCUGACAGUGAACAAAUCAAGGAGGCAAUGCCGGAGCCCUUUGAGCAUCUUCUGCAGAGAAUCGCCCGAAGACCCAAGCCUCAGCAGUUCUUUGGAUUAAUGGGCAAACGGGAUGCUGAUUCCUCAAUUGAAAAACAAGUGGCCCUGUUAAAGGCUCUUUAUGGACAUGGCCAGAUCUCUCACAAAAGGCAUAAAACAGAUUCCUUCGUUGGACUAAUGGGCAAAAGAGCUUUGAAUUCUGUGGCUUAUGAAAGAAGCGCGAUGCAGAACUAUGAAAGAAGACGUAAAUAAACCCUGUAAACGCACUGUCUAUUCAUCUUCAUCUGUGUCAGUGAGCAGUGAACGGUAAAAAAACAAACAAAAAAAAAACAAAAAAAAGUGCACUAUGAGGAAUGAUUAUUUAUUUAAUAACAAAUGUCAUUAUGAGUAAAAAACUCAAAAAAAGUGUUUAUUUUUUCACAUUGUGCCAAUAAGCCUUGUCAUUCUCAUGUGGUGACCUCCUCAGAAGUAGAAAUUUAGUUGUAACCUCAGCAAAGCACAGUGUUGAUGAAGUUGUACAAGCUUGCCAGGGAUGCAGUCUCCAAAGAAAGAAAUGCUGCUGUGAGCCAGGGCAGGCAGCUGCUGCCAGAAGCAAAGGAACCUCCUGUGUGUCUUGCACUUCUCUUGGUUGCUUUUAUGCUGAUGAUGUAUUGAGACUUUGGUAUCUGACUCUAUUUGUAUCCUAGCAGCAUGUUCCAUGUGUUGUGACUAUAUAGAGAUGUUUUUAAAAAGUUUCAAUGUAAUUCUCUGGUCUUCAGUCAUUGUAUGAUGUGUUGUGAUAGCUACCAUUUUAAAUAAAAGAAUGUAUCUUCAGGAA